GAGAUCAUUCAUAUAUGUGAUUCUCUAUGGCCCUUCUAAGCACCACGAAUGGUUGGGCUGCAGCUCAAGUAUAAUGGAAUGCUCUUCUGUCCGGGGCCUCAACGUUUUCAAUCUGCGUCAUGAAUCACCCACAGAAUACGAGUUCUAGUAGCAGAACACGAAUACUGUCAGCUUGAAAGCAUCUGCCUUUUCAGGUCAAUGAAGAUCGACACGCUUUCCAUAAUAAGUUAAGAUAGACUAGCUGUCAUUGACCUUGUCGGCCAUCGUUUUCGAUGAAUGAUACAUGUCAACAUGGAGUAUAAUAUACAAGCACACAUCAUGUUCGAGCAUUUUAUAAAAUUCUGCAGGGGAAAGAUAAACUAUUGGGUCGGUGCCUAUGCCAAUAGCUUAGCUACCGGUCUGUUGAAUCUGGCAGUAAUAAUACAUUGUGUUUGUUCAAUUCUGCAGGAACAUCAAAACCGAAAUUAUUGUCUUCGUCCCAAUACCAAUCAGCUCCAUACCCUACAUUAUCUGUGAUCCCAUGACGAUCCUCGGGCCCUCUGUGAUUGACUUCUCAGGUCACGACCACCGGCUCUACCUGUGCGACCACAGGACCAUUCUCCCCGUCCCCUGCAGUUGGUGCGGCACCAGGAGUAACAAUCCGCCCAAUUUCCGGUGCAAGGAGUGUAUGUUUAAGCUUGACCUCCUUUGCGGCCCACUGCCCGUUGUGAUCCACAAGCACCAGAACGGGUUCGACCUGACCCUGACCCUGACAGACUCCUUUGUACCUGGGGACAAUCCAGAUGACUGCUGGUGCGAUAUAUGCGAGGAGCAGCGAGAUCCUGAACAGUGUAUAUAUCGUUCCACCGAUCCACCCUUCAUUGCCACCAUUGAUUGCCUCUGGCCCCAGAUUAAACUUGCACUUGAAGGGGGUCUUGGAGAAGUGGAACUGAGGACUGUAAGACGAAGUCAAAUUCCAGGCAAGGUGAUAUCCCAGCAAUCCGUGGAAGAGAAAGCAGGUGGUCUUCGGGAGAGCAUCAAGCAAGAACAAGAAGCAUCGACGAAGGAAUAUGUCAUAACUAGCUGGACCCUGGAGCAGAUACUAGAAUCGCUUAGUGAUGAUGAACGUAAGCUGAUCGAAAGUUUGGAGGAAAAGCAGUUCGAAGAACCCGAAGACAGAGGAAAAGCCUAUGCUUCAACUGCUUCAUAUACAGAAGAGGCCUUCAAACAGUUCAAGGAGCAGCUCGAUAUUACCUCUCCAAUUGAUGCCUCCGCACUAUUUGGACAAUGGAGAGAACUCAAGUACUCUGAAGUCCGGGACGGAGUGAUAAUCCCUUCACGGUACAUUGCCCUCUACCGGGAACUGGUUGACAGAUAUGGCGAUUUCAGUGCUGGUAGCAAGCUUACUCCAUGGGGGAAGGCGCUGUUCUUCGCCUUGUUCUUUGAGGUCAUACACAGAAUGCGAAAGAUCCAGGUAUUCCAAGUGGCACGUUAUGAUCAUCUGCCCGCCUGGAGGAACGCCUUAAAGUAUGUGCGUGACGUGGGGGGUUUCAAGAUCCAAUUCGCUGUGGACAAUAUCGACAAUAAGUUAGUACGUGCUUGCUUUGGUUUCAAGGUAAGGGACUUUGAAGCGGACCGAAAUUGGCAGGUUGAUAAGCUCUCGGAGGAGAUACACGACGAAGAAGCUAAGUUAGAAGAUCUCCGGGCACUGCUGGUGCAGUACAAGAAGCUCGAGGAAGUCGAGAAAUCCGUGCUGCAGCAAUGCUUGACCGAGGCUUCAAGAUGCAAGUGGAAGAAAAUAGGCGAGCUGAUUCAGGAUUGAUGUAUGGUGAAAUAGAUAGAAAAAUGGAACGAAAUAGCAAUAUAAAAUGUAACGGUUGUAUAUUUGGCUUCUAUUCUUCCUGCCAAACAUGCUGGAAAACAUCGCCAACUCAUGGAAUUUUCUCCAUGCCAUCAAACUCUGUACUGCUUUGGCUCGAAAAAUUCCUCGAUAGAA